UAUUUUUUCUUUUCUUUAUAAGCGAAUCUAGCACCAAUGUCGACCGCCUUUUCCUUCCGCUGUAGACGCAUCGUCUCUCUCUCUGGUUUUAUUAUCCAUUCCCCCCCAUCCCAGAGAGGAUAACAUAAUAAACAAAUCCUCCUGGAAGAACCAAAGAGAGAUACGCCCCCUUAUUACAUCCCCGAUUCUUAAACCUACUUUGCCUCUUCUGCACUUCUCUUGUUAGAGAAUCUAUAUCAAAUUUUAGAGAAAAACAAGAUAAAUCACUUUCUUGAUUCCAACUCAAACCUAUGCUGAGAGUUGUGAAUAAAUGAAUUGGCGCUUGGCGUAGCAACAUUAUGGCAUUGAUAUCUCACUCCGCACAGCAUGGUUCUUAUGAAGCAUUCCGGUCGAGACCUCUAUCAUGGAGCAAAGAGGUGCAGUUAAAACCAAUUGUUACUCUUCGAAUGGUUGAGCCAUCAAAUAGGAGUGCUUCAUGGGAGCAGUGCAGAUUAUGUAUAAGCAGGAGAGAGGUGAAGCGGCUGAAGGUAUUAGCUUUUAAAGGCAGUUCCCAGAAUGAUGAAUCAGGAUAUAGAGCCAAGGGAUCCAAAGUCCGCAGAAGCUCUGUUAAGCUCUCUGAUGUGCCACAUAAGGGUGAAGAAACUGUAACAGAAUCUCCUGAGAUACAAGACAAUCCACUCUCUUGUUGUGCGGGAAAAGAAGAGACUCUAGCAAGUUCUCCGGCCAUACAGAAAUUAUUCAAGAAAUGGCUGAUGAUGUUGCGCACCCAAUCAUCAAAUCAAAUAAGUGAUGGAGUUUUUGGCCUUGGACCACCUCAAAGUGGAAAGGCAGAAAGUCAAAUCAGGAGCCAAGAGAAGGAGAAUGGGAAGAUAUUGAAGGCGGUUGGACGCUACUUUUGGGGACUAGACGCAACAAUAAAGAUCCCGCUGCUUAUUUUCAUCCCUUUGUACAUGGCGGUAAACAUAAAAUACGGGGUUGAAGUCUCUAAAGAGCUAACACCGCUUUGGAUCUUAGGCCCUGUGAUUGUUGCUCUCUAUAUCAAGAUACUUCGGGCUAUAGGCUCUCUUUAUGUUUUCACUUUCAAGCAGACGAUCAGAAUAGCUAAGAGUGUACCAUCCUAUUACCUUCUGGCUUACAGCUACAUCUCUCAAGGAAAGCUCAAGGAAGGCCUUAGGAAGUUUUUCUGGCAACCUGUUGAAGAUAUGAAGAACAUGAACUACAAAGAAGUAUCACAAAGUAAACUAAAAGAGCUGCAAGAAUGGUUAGUGGAGAGGUUCCUAGACUCCAGGGAAGCAAUCUGGCCAGUAUACUGUAGAACAAUCAGAUUCCUAAAAAGGGCUCAUCUCAUCUAGUUUGUAUGUAAGUCGUGUUAGGGAAAUGCUAGCCCAUUGUGAUGGGGCUUAGAUUGAGAGCCCUGAAUCUUAUCAAGCUUCAAGAAUGUUUCCAAGGAUCAGCUGAACUUGAUCUCUUGGUGCCUCAAAUUUUAAGCUGAGAAUCAGUUACCGAGGAGUGUAAUUUAUUGGCGGAUGUCGUUUUCCCCUUCUCUAGUUGUGCCCAUAUAUUAUUGUAAUUUUUUUAAUGUACUUGUAAUGUUAUUUUUUGUCAAUGAUCUUCCUUACUGAUAGGUCUUUCAACCAUAAAUGGAAUUUAUUCUGGGCCUUCAAAGCAA